AUGGCUAAAGGUGACCCCAAGAAACCAAAUGGCAAGAUGUCUGCUUAUGCCUUCUUUGUGCAGACGUGCAGAGAAGAACGUAAGAAGAAAUACCCAGAGGUCCCUGUCAAUUUUGCAGAAUUUUCCAAGAAGUGCUCCAGGAGGUGGAAGACAAUGUCCAGGAAAGAGAAGUCUAAAUUUGAUGAAUUGGCAAAGGCGGAUAAAGUACGCUAUGAUCAGGAAAUGAAGGAUUAUGGACCAGCUAAGGGAGGCAAGAAGAAGAAGGAUUCUAAUACCUUCAAAAGGCCACCAUCUGGAUUCUUCCUGUUCUGUUCAGAAUUCCACCCCAAGAUAAAAUCCACAAACCCUGGCAUCUGUAUUGGAGACGUGUCAAAAAAGCUGGGUGAGAUGUAG